GGCCAGGGAGGCUGCUCCCCUCAAAACCACUUGUGGUUUUUCAAGACCGCUCCCAGUUUCCCAAAACCGCUCCGUGUUUUUUUCUCGCUAUUUAAGUCCCUUCAAUCCCGCGAAACCUCAACAUUCUCUGGCCUUUCCCGCGAUCUCAAUCCCGCCGGAAUCCCGUCGCAAUACCGCCGGAAUUCCGCCUCCGAUCGCUGGGAAACUAACAGGAGGUACGGUUUCUGACCGUUCUAGAAGCGGUUUUAGGCCUUUUUUAAUUUCUAGGGUUAGGGUUUCGCCAGAGAUGAAAUCUAGGGUUUGCGAGCUUUGCAAUGGAAGAGCUUCUCUCUACUGCGAGUCGGACUCGGCGUUUCUCUGCUUCGAUUGCGAUCGCACGGUCCACGAGGCGAAUUUCCUCGUCGCGAGGCACGUGCGCCGGAUCGUAUGCCGCCGGUGCGGUCAGUUCGACGGGGACUGCAUCUCCGGCGUAGGAUCCCGGCAGAUCCGGCCGAUCUGCCGGCCUUGUGUGGAGGAAACGGGAGAUUCCUGCUCGAGCGCGUCUUCUUCCUCCUCGGCUUGCAUUUCCACGGCGGAAUCGGUAACGGGCUCACCGGAGGAGCGGAAAAUCGCCGGGAAUCGGAGAAGAACCCGGAGAAUCUCCCGAUCCGGGUCUGAGUCGGCGAUCUCAAGCGAAGGAUGCGCGAGGAGGAAGAAAAUCGCAGGAAAGGAGAUGAGAGGCACUCUACACGCGCGGGCUGAGGGUAUUUUGGUAAUUUGGGCGAGGAGGCUGGGGCUGAGUAACAGGCGUUGCUUGGCCCUUGCCUUGCAUUCGUUCGGCGUUUGUUUGAGAGAAUUUACGGUUUUACCCUUCCGGGCCUGCCUCGCUUCCUCUCUGUGGUUCGCGGUGAAGGCCAGCCGUACACGUGGCAGCCUGAAGAAGCUGGUAGAAUGCAGUGGCGUCCCAGCGAAGCUGAUAUUGCUGGUCGAAUCGAAGCUUUCUCGGAUAAUCGAGCUCGGGAAAUCUGAUCAAGAUGAUGAAGAAGGAUGGGCCGAGUGCUCGGAUUGAUAGCACGUGUGGAAGCGUUCAGGCGACACGUGUAUAGCAUCUCCAUCGUUCGUAGCGAAAAGAGAUUGAAAAAAAAAGGAAAAUAGGAAAAGAAAAGGGGUAUAAAUGAAAUUUAUUUGAAAUGUGAGUGUAUUUACGAGUCUUUUUGUAUGUAAUUAGACUAACCUUUGAUUUAUGGUGUGGUUUUGAGGGGAUUAAUUUUAAUUUGUAAUUGAAUUUUGUUGUUUAGAGAUUAUGUUGGUCUGUAAA